UUUUGUAUAAUCUCAUCCACUGAUGUAUGGCCUCUUGUAAAUUCUCUUAUUUUUAACAUGGGAAAUCCUCACUUCAGCAAAUCCACCUGUCAUUUAUUUAUGUCCCCAACUGUACUUCCGGGUUUGAAUUUGUUCAUAUAAUUUUUACAAAAGUGUGGCAUUCUAAUAAAGUUUGCAUGUUCCGAAAACACCAUAAGUUGACCUAUACUACAAAUAUAAAGACUUUCUACCUUUGGAUAUGACAGAUCUUUAUUUGAGUCCCCAUAGACGGAGUUUUCUAAAGAUUUCAGUCGACUUUCAAGAAUUUCUAAAUUUUGAUCCGCCAUGUUGAUUUGAGAGUGCAGAAAAACUAAUCGAGCAACAAAUAUUUCUUCCCAUCUUAAAUUCAUAUUGUGAGUUCAAUAAGGGGAAUUUCAUAAGUAUGGUUCAUUUGUGAUACGGAAAUAAAUAUUCACGUGUUAUAUUGUGCAAAUAUAACCCUAUUUUUCUUAAAAUAAGGAAAGCACUAAUUGGAUUUUAGCCCAGUGACUAAUUUUUAUGGGGUGACUCAUGAAAAAUGCCAUUUGCCCCAGUUACGUUGCCCGAAAAGUGUGGGUCAAUUUGGGGUUCAAAUCAUACCAUAUUGUGACUUUCUCGUGUGAGUAUCGUUGAUUACAGACUAUUAAUUGGAAUUGAGAAGUGCUGGAUACUUACUUAGUCCAACAUGAGUGAAUCAACGGCUUUACAAAAUGGCGAAUUGAGUGAUGGAAUUUCAGCAAAUGACAUUCCACCUGUUGUGAAUUCAAGUGAUGAAACACAGGCUGAAGCAAUAAUGAAGUCACCAGCCGCGCCCGUACUGAGAGUUGAACAGUUAAAGGAGGAAGAAGGAUGUAGUUCUGGUGUCCAAAGUGAAGAAGAGGGGUUGAGUAUUGGGGAGAAUUCUGAUGCAGAAGGUCCGUCACUUGGUGAAUUUGUGGCACCGAAUGAUGAAAUCCGUGACAAAGUCAUCAACCAAGUGGAGUUUUAUUUUUCAGAUGCAAAUAUUCUGAAAGACGCUUUCCUGUUGAAACACGUAAAACGUAACAAGCAAGGCUAUGUCAGUCUCAAGCUUAUAACCUCGUUCAAAAAGAUGAAGUCAUUGACAAAGGAUUAUCGUGUCGUGGCUUACAGUCUUAGACAAUCUGAAAAGUUAUUAGUGAAUGAAGAAGGAACUAAAGUAAAGAGAAAAGAUCCGCUUCCUGAUUAUGAUGAAACAACCCCAUCAAAGACAGUUGUUGCCAUUAAUCUGCCAAUGGAAAAUCCAUCAAUAGGAAAUAUAUCGCAGCUAUUUUCCAAGUGUGGAGAUAUAGCAUUGAUUCGUAUUCUAAAACCUGGAAAAACUGUGCCUCAGGAUGUUAAGAAACAUACCAGUAAACAUCCAGAGAUCGGGACUAGCACAUGUGCAGUUGUUGAAUUUGAAAAACACGAAUUCGCUAAAAAGGCAUGUGACACUAUGAAUAGUACUGAUAAUUGGAGAUCUGGCCUACGUGUUGUAUUAUUAGCCGAUCAGAGGAAAAAUAAGGACAAAGAGCGUAAAGAUAAAGAAAAUGAAAUGAAAAAUGAUUUUAAAUCAGAUGGAGAAAAAGGAAGCGAUGUAGAAGUUGAGGAUAAAAAGCGAAAGAAACGACGUAAUCAAAAGAAGCGCAACUCACGGGUUGAGGAAUUAACUGGGGACGGUGACGCUGAUACACCAAAUAGUAGCGGCUCUGAGGCUGAUGGUCCGACAUCAAGGAAUCGCAGCAACUCUUGGGGCAAAGGCGAUUGUCCAAGAAAUCGAUCACAGUCCUGGGGAAACAAACCACAGAAAACCCCUUCCAGGAAUUCUCUAAGUCCUACUCCUGGAUAUGGUAGCUACCUUAGUCCAAAUGCCUCACCUAGGUCAAGUCCUAAAUCAAGUCCUAAGACUUCACCCACCAUGCAACGGAGGCGAUUAAGUGUUCCAAAGAAAUCUCCCCUUGCGGGUGGGAGAGGUGAUGAAGAAAGUCCCAAAGGUAGCCCUGACCCCACAAGAAAGGGGUAUUCCUCAGGGGAAGAAGGUAGCCCAGGGAGUCCUUGGGUUGCACGCCGCCUCAAAGCAGCACAGGAAGUUAGCCCCCUAGUAAAGGACUUAAGCCCUAAUGCAAGCCCAAUGUUAGGUCGCCGCCAAAUUCAAGGACGUAUGUCUGACAUGGGCGGUGUCAUAAGGCAACCAAAGGGACCAGAUGGAACACUUGGAUUCAAAGGAAGGGGGAAACCCAUAAGUCCCCUUGCUGAAUAGCCUACUCCAUAUUAGGAAAUUAUAUUCUCAAUGCCAUAUAAGGAGUGUAAAAUAGUACAUAUUUAUUUUAGAAACAAUCAAAACUUUUUAUAUCAACUGAAAUGUAUUAUUUUAUAUUCCACCAUUUAAUGUAAAUGUAUUUAGUUGUACCUCUGGCCAGUCUAUUUGCCACCAUAAAGCAUUUCAGUUGAAAUCAGAAGUUUUAAUUGUGGCAAUGUAUGUCAGAAGUUGUAUCUAUGAUAAAUUCAAACAACUUCACAGUGCUAUAUCACUGUAAAUUUCACUAUACUUUUUUUAUGAAACAAAGUAUAUACAUAUGCAUAUGCUUCUUAAAUGUUCAUGUAAUCUUGCUUCAUAUCUAUUGCUUAUUUGGGUAUAUAAAUUCCUAUUGGUUUUCUCAAAAGAUGUUGAAUAUAACUCAGUUAUUUUUAAUAGAGUGUUUUUGGAACAACCCCUUUGUUGGACUUGCAUUAAACUCCCAUACCCACCAUCCAACCCAUUCUCGUUGUAGUAGUCAAGAAGUGAGAAAGAAUGUGGGUCACACAAUGGGCUUAAUGCAUGACUAUUAGAGGUGUAACUCCCCAGAAAAAUCCAAAUAUUUCCAAAACUUGAGUAAAAAUCCUAAAUACUGCGAUCAUUGGUAUAUUUAUUCUCCUAAUGAAGUAAUGUUGCACGAUCUCUGGGACCCAAAUUCAUUUUACAUGCUUGCAAGAUAGGCAAAACUUGCGAGUUACCUCGAGUUAUAGCUAGCUCGCGAGUUGAAAUAGAUUGCAAGUUUCUAGAGGCAAUGUAUAGGCAGCUCUGACAAGCUGUACUCGAGUUAAGGACUUGGGAGUUACACCUCUAAUGACUAUCCUCAAUUUUAUAAUUCCAAUAAAAAUGAUUGAUAAUAGAGUUUCUGGUACAUGAUAAAUACCUAUAUGUCUGAUUGGUUCACUGACAGCACUUAAAGAUAUAUUCCUUGCCAGCCAGACUCUCUUAAUAUGGCAGCUAUAACCAUAUGUAUACUUUCCAUGUAUUUAACAAAACACGGAAAAAUGUUUUGAUUAUUGAUAUGGUCAAUAUUGAUCAUCACUUAGAAAUGUAGUUCUCAGUUCCAGUAGGCUGCCAUCUUUUAAGAUUUCACACAGGAAGUGAUGUCAUAUAUGAUUAUAGCUAUCAUAUCAGGAUAGAAAUGAUCUGGCCAGGAAUGUCCCUUUAAAUUCUGUAUGUAAUGUUCUAAUGCUGAGAUAUCAAUGUAAGUUCUACAUUUAUCAUACAAAAUUACUUUGUAUUGUAGCAUAUCUACUUAUUUUUGUAUAUUAUAAACAACCAUAUUUCUUCCAAAGUUUAUUUUUAAGAUAUUAACUAAGGUCUGAGAGUUUUAUUUUCUCUAAAUGUUUUACCUGGCAAGUAACCAGAUAAGUAUUCAAUGUUGAUCUUACAGUGUUUCAAAUUGAUAGGAUGUUUUAUAAACACAUCAUCAUUGUAAUAAGUUGUUAACGAAUUACUUCAAUGUGCUCUAAACAUCACGAUUUCUCUAUGU